AUGUCCAAUGCUUUCCCGAGUGGAAGUCGUGAAGGCUACUACUCUUCCGACGACAUUCUCUCUCUAUUGAAGCAAAAAUCAACAAAUGUCGACUAUAUGAGCUAUUUCGAGGCCGGGAGUUCUUUACGAAAUCGAAAUCUCGGCGGACUCGUCAUAACUUCUGCCAAGAACACAACGAUCCCAACAACAGAUCGGCCUACUAUACUGAUAGUCUCUUUGCUCGAUGCCCAGACACCACUAGCACUCAUGACGUCCUUGUAUUUGAUCAACAAACUCUCUGAAACGGAACUGCCGAUACUCUCGUCGACACGUCUCGUGGUGAUGCCUUUAGUAAACGCAGACGCUUGGGAGAAAGCAGAGCCUGGAUAUGUUUCUCGUAAUAAGAAUAUGGCUUCUACUUGUAGUGCUGACGCUGACCUUGACGGAGUGGAUCUUACAAGGAAUUAUGAUGUCUAUUGGACCACAUAUUCUGGUAAUGACACUGAUGCAGCCCGCAUGGAUCACGAAGACGGUUGUUCGAAUAUAUAUCAUGGUAAAAGGCCGAAUGAAGAGCCAGAGACUAGAGCUGUGUUGGGCGCUUUGGAUAAAUUUAAGCCGAAAGCACUACUCAUGCUAUCUCAACUUCCACCCGUGAUAAAUAACUCUUCGCCAUUCGAAGCACGUAAAACACGUAUUGUCUCACCAUACACGUAUUCGCCAACUUUAAUACCAUCACCAGCAGAUCAAGUCGCAUACAAACUCCUUGUAGAGUCUAUAACAAACACCACAUCAGCAAUGGACUUGUACGCAGGUAGCGGACUCUCCAAACUCCCAUAUUUACGACCAGGCAGCCUAUUAGAUUACGCAUUCGACGCUCGUGGUAUAUUCUCUCUCGAAUUAGUCUUGUCUGUCGGCUCACACUCUGCAAGCGACUCUAUAUGGGUUGCUUCAGAUCAGCUGAUCUCUGUCAUAUCGCCCCAUACAGACGCGAUUAUAAACCUCCUAUCUGUCAUCCCACAAUUACCUGCAAAGGCAUCACGACCUGGUACAUCAAUAGGUGGUAAAGUCGCCAACACGAUCUUCUUUGGACCGUUGUUGUUUGGAUUUGUCUUGCUCCUUAUGUUAGGGACUGUAUGGGCCGUUGCGAGAUACGUUUUCCAGUAUGAUAACCUCUUUGUGAGGUUUAGGAAUUGGUGGAGGAGGGCGGAUCGUUGGUUGAAUCGGCAUAGAGGCUUUUCCAGACUCGGUGACAAACCACCAGAUGACGAGGAGUUACAAGAUGGGUUUGGUUUUGAAUUAGAUGAUGGGCUGCUCGAAGAAGAAGACGAAUCAUGA